AUGGAUAAUCAAAGACCGCUGCUUGACUCCACGAUUUUUGACACCGUAAGUGAUACAGAUCUUAUGGAAAUGACACAUAAAACAGUACUAGGACCUAUAUAUGGUCAAGGUACGACAAACUGUUAUCAGAGGGUGGACUAUGAAGGCCCAUACUACGACAUCUCUUCUAUCCAUGAUGUCGUCGGAGAAGGUAUUAGCCCUGUUGACUAUGGCACACUACCAGCCGCAACGGUCAAAACGACAUAUAGUGUGGCCGCCCAGGGUGGACGAUCGAAAAGGAAACGAGUCAUUACCACUGUCCAGCGUCAGGCUGCAAACAUUAGGGAGCGCAAAAGGAUGUUCAGCCUCAACGAAGCGUUUGACGAAUUACGGAAAAAAGUUCCAACUUUUGCAUAUGAGAAAAGGUUGUCAAGGAUCGAAACACUGCGCCUUGCAAUCGUUUAUAUCUCUUUCAUGACAGAAUUGUUGAAAGAAUAG